AUACCAGAAUGAGUGGGUCCUCUUCUCUGCCCAAACCCAGAAGAAAGCGGGGUCGUGACGGAACUGGGGAAUUGUCGGAGGUCCCAGAAUCACCGAAAAUAUAGAUUAUAGAAACCUCAGUGUUGUGCGAGAGUACCCGUCAAAUAUAUAUUUUUACGAUUUUUCCAUAUUUGAACUAAUACGCAAGUAUGUCCUGGCAAGGCUACGUGGAUAACCUGAUGGCCGAUGGCAGCUGCCAGGACUCCGCCAUUGUUGGGUACACGGACGCUAAGUAUGUCUGGGCAUCGUUUCCCGGUGGUACAUUUGUUAACAUAACGGUUGAUGAAAUCGACGUCAUAGUAGGAAAGGACCGAGAAGCUUUCUUCUGCGGUGGGCUGAUCCUAGGCCAAAAGAAAUUCUCUGUCAUCAGAGACAGCCUCCACUCCGAUGGGGACUGGACAAUGGACAUCAGGACAAAGAGUCAAGGAGGAGAGCCCACAUACAACGUUUCCAUAGGCAAAGCCGGCAAAGCAUUGGUUUUAGUCAUGGGGAAGGAAGGUGUCCAUGGAGGGCAGCUCAACAAGAAAGCGUAUACAAUGGCUGACUACCUGAGGAAGUCUGGAUACUAAAGCAGCCUCUGCCCAGCCUCCUAGCAGCUCACCCUUACCACCCUCUUGCGUUUCAGUACUUCCAGUUCUAGUUGGUAGUUGCUUAUUUUUCUCUCUUCUACCCCCUCCCAUUUUUUUGCUCCCUUUUUAUUUAUCCCCUUUUCUCUUGUCCUUUUCCAGUCAUCUUUAUGCAUUCACACGGUGUACUCUAUCCCAUUCUAGCACUACUGUUGCACCAUAGUUAAAGAUGAGCAUGUUGUUAACAGGACAUUGUGACAAAUCUGUACUUAUAAAGACCUGCACCAUUCUAGCCAAUGCUCAGUGAAAACCCUAAAGUAAAGGAAACCCAAAUUAAACUGAGAUUUCAUAUGAUGGUGCCCGGUAGGUCAGACCCUUGAGCAGCCGAUGCCUUUGGAGCACUUGAGCAGUAAUCAAGCUCAUUGUCUUCCUUUUCUAGAGCAUGUCUGGGAGGGGAAACUGCAUGCAUAUCUUUGAGCCUACUGAGAUACUGUUCCGUCUGCCCCGCGUGCCCUGUAACUCCUGCCAAAAGUCUGUUCCUCCUUCCCUCCCUCUUUCCCAUCCUGUUCGUUCAUAGUAGGUGACACUCCAUCAGUACUCAGGAGGCAUAUUCCUCCAACCACUACACCUUAAAAUCCUCCGUAGCCCCCUCUCCCAUAUGGGUUUUUAAGGGGGGGGGGGCAAAUCCAUUUUGGUAUUGAUUGAAUCAAAUGGCAAAACAGCGUUGACGCAGGUAGAAUCUCCUCCCAUGCCCUCUUCAUGACUUUUCUGACUACAUGAACCCCAUGGACAUUCCAUCGUUGCAAUGGCUCAGGCACUUAAAAUAUUGUUUGCCUGCUCCUGUAAUAUUUAUUUUAUUUUUAAGGCUGCCAUUUUGGACAGAUAUCCCAGCAUAACGAUCUGGAGUUUGUCCAGUUUGAAUUUUUCAUAGGACCAACUUUUGUUGCAGCUUGGGUAUUUAUACAGUUGCUCUAUCAUUGUGAAGGACGACUGCGAGCCUCAUCUUUCUGCUGAAGGCAAAACAACACUAACAUAAAACCACACUAUCACAUUACACCAGAUAAAGCUGCGGGGAGGGGUAGUAAUUGGAGGAAAUCUAUUUCCUCAUUUGUCAACUUUUUUUUUUUUUUUUUUUUAAGAAAUGAAUUACUGCAUUUGAAAACCCAUGCUGUGUGAAGAAACAACUGUGGAAUAAAUUGCCUUGUUCUCUAGUCAUCAACUAAAUGUGGUAUCAAACUGUUCAGGCUCGGUACUUAAUGUAAUCUCCAAUUGAAAAUAACUUACACUAGAAAUGACACUCAAUUUAAUGGGAGAUGGGAUUGGUUGGAAUAAGAACACUUUGGUUGUCUUGUGGAAACUUAAAGUACAAAACAUGGGUUUCCUGUGCCAUAAUGUAGAGAUCUGUUGCUAUUGUGUGAUGGAUUUUAACUGCUGCCCAGUAAGGGGUAAUUUCAUUGGCACUUUUUAGGGGUGUAUUAGCAUCUGCUCCAAUGUUCAGGCCUUGUGGCAUGUGUACUAAUUAAAAUCUUAUUUGCUGAUUUUUGUUCAUUUCUUCCCCCUACACUUUCUCACACCUGGGCUAGUUUAACACAUUGGAUUUCAUAUGCAUAAACCAAUAAAUGCCAUAAAUUGAUUUAUCACCUUGUUUACAGACCGAUCAAAUAAAUUUAUUCCAACCAGA